GGAAGUCAGAAGAGAGGGCUGUGUAUGGGGUAGGUUUGUUAGAACAACCGUCAAAGACCAACUUUGUAAGAGACAGAAAGAACAUCUGCAAAUACAAUGCUGUUCCUGCAACUUGUGCUGCUGGUGGUUCUCCUCCCAGGCAGUGACAGUGAAGCUGUGCAGGAGCCAAUUACCUUCCAAAUUACCCUGACUGUAUCCUUUUACAACCAUUCCUGGACACAAAGUCUGGGUUCAGCUUGGCUGGAUGAGAUACAGACUCAUGGCUGGGACAACAAGACUGGUGCUCUCAUUUUCUUGUGGCCUUGGUCCAAAGGCAACUGGAGCCACGUGGAGCUGAUGAAAUUGGAAAAGUUACUCUAUGCAUACUUCAUUGGACUUCGUCAGGUGUUUCAAGACCAUGUCAGACACUGGCAGCUUGAAUAUCCAUUUCAGAUACAGCUGGCAGAAGGCUGUGAGCUACACUUUGGGGAAGCAUCAGUAGGAUUUGUGAAGUUUGCUUAUCAAGGCGCAGAUCUCACGAGCUUCCAGAACAUGACAUGGUGGCCAUCUCCAAAGGGAGGAAGUAGGGCUCAAGAGGUCUGCAAACUAUUCAAUCAGCACCAUGUGAUCAAUGAAGAAAUAUACACACUUUUCAGUGACACCUGCCCCAAGUUCCUGUUGGGUCUUCUUGAUGCAGGAAAGGCAGAUCUCCAGCGGCAAGUGAGACCAGAGGCCUGGCUGUCCACUGGCCCUAGUCCCAGUCCUGAUCGUCUCUUGCUGGUGUGCCAUGUCUCUGGGUUCUAUCCAAAGCCUGUGUUGGUGAUGUGGAUGCGUGGUGAGCAGGAGCAACAGCGCACCCAGCAAAGUGAAGUCCUGCCCCAUGCUGAUGGGACAUGGUAUCUUCAGGUGUCCUUGGAUGUGAAAACCAGGGAGGCAGCUGGCCUGUUGUGCCGGGUGAGGCACAGCAGUCUAGGAGGCCAGGACAUGGUCCUCUACUGGGGAGUCUCCCUACCUUUCAGGCUGUCCUCAGCCCUCCUGCUCCCAGUGGCCUUCCCCUGGGCAAUCCUCAGCUCCACCUGCUGCAGAAUGACUCUUCCUCUGUUCCUCCCAGGAAAACACAGUGGAGACAUCAGUGCACUGGCUUCUCUUUGGAGUGAAAUCCUGACAGCCCCAGCUCCAGUACUUACCUAAACCCAACUCAGCCAUGAUGUGCUUGCAACUCUCUGUGUGCAACUUUGUCUUUCAUUUUUGCUUGAUGAUCAGUUAUCAAUAUAAGCUCAGUGUAAUAUACCAGGAUUUGUUGUUGUGACCUGAUUCUGGGAUCUUAAAAUUCAAAAUUUAACUCUGUAUGGAAAAAAGUCCCAGAACCUCCAUGGGACAUCGGACAUGAAAUGUCAUUUUCUUCAGAGUCUUCCCUGAUUCACUUGUGGAAGCAGUCUCUGCCUGGUGGGAAUUCUCACAACCUUUACUUGCACUUUGGCAAAUCAAUUUCUCAGCCCCACCCAAUGUUGGCUCUAGCGAGGUGCCUUUUCUCCUUCUAAUUCUUAGGCCCAUUGAGAUCAAAGUUCAUAUAUAUUUUUUUAACUAUUAGUAUCCUUGGUAAGGUGUCUCACCUGCAUGGAAUACAUGCUUAAUAAAAACGU